GGAGGUGGAUCGAAAUUUGCAGAGGCCCGCGAGCAAAAAGCUGACUAGCAGCAGAGAAGGAUUCGUCCCGUAAUUUUUAGCGUCGUCAAAGUACAAUGAUCCAUCGGCUGGCUCCCUAACUCGGAAAAGGAUCGGCUAAGGAACGGAAGCACAAAAUGGCCCAACUGCUUCGUGGAUGGUCGAGCAUCGACCCGCGGUUCAAGCACAUUCGACCGGUCGUGUACACGGUGAGCCGCGUCAACUUUUCCGGCUUUACGACCCCCGGUGGCAAUGGUAGCAAUGGAAGUGCUGGCACCGGCGGUAGCAACCAUUCCACGGCCUGGUCCCGGUACAACUACUACCGGCAGCAGGAAUUCCUGCGACCCCCGAACGCGAGCGGCUGGCAGUACUAUGGAGGGCAGCAGCAGCGCCAUUACGGCAUGCUGAUCGGGCGCGUGCUGAGGGGCGUGCUGAAGCUGCGCUACCUCGUGCUCGGCAGUGCCAUCGGUGGAGGCGUUACGCUCAACAAACGGUACGAGGAGUGGAAGGACGGGCUGCCGGACAUGAAGUGGCUCGAGGAGGUGUUCCCCGACAACGAGAAGUGGGCCGGCUUUACGAAAAAUCUGCUCGCCGUUAAGGACGCCGUGAAAGACUCGAUCGAAAUAGAUCCUCGGUUAAAGCAGCUGAGCGAGCACAAGCUGAACGAGUGGCGACAGUGGUUCGACCAGCGGCUGGACAACGCAAUCGAAGCAGCGGAAACGCAACAAAACCCCCAGAUUGAGAGUUCCUUCCAGAACUUGUCAGAAUUUAUUUCUGAGCUAUAUGGAGCAACCAAAGAGGAGCUGCGUGCGAAAAACACUGUCAACGCGAAGGGGCUCAGCGCGGAGGACAGCCGCAAGCGCGUUGACACCCUGCAGGCGCAGGUCGACUCGCUGCAGACGGAAAUCAUGAACGUGCAGCUCAAGUACCAGCGGGAGGUGGAAAAGCUCGAGAAGGAAAACCGCGACCUGCGGCAGCAGUAUCUGAUACUGAAGACGAACCGCAAGCAGCCGACGAAGAAGCGCAUCAAAAAGUCGCUCAUCGACAUGUACUCGGAGGUGCUGGACGAGCUGUCCGGGUACGAUACGAGCUACACCACGGCCGACCAUCUGCCGCGCGUGGUGGUGGUCGGUGAUCAGAGCAGCGGCAAAACCUCGGUGCUGGAAUCGAUCGCGCAGGCGCGCAUCUUCCCGCGCGGCAGUGGCGAGAUGAUGACGCGUGCCCCGGUCAAGGUGACGCUGUCGGAGGGCCCGUACCAUGUGGCACAGUUUCGCGAUUCCGAGCGGGAGUACGAUCUGACGAAGGAGAGCGAUCUGGCGGAGCUGCGCCGCGAUGUGGAGAUUCGGAUGCGCAACUCGGUGCGGGGCGGCAAGACGGUCAGCAUGGACGUGAUCUCGAUGACGGUGAAGGGACCGGGGCUGCAGCGGAUGGUGCUGGUCGAUCUGCCGGGCAUCAUUUCGACGCAGACGGUCGAUAUGGCGCCGGAUACGCGCGAUCAGAUCAAGCACAUGACCGAACACUACAUGAGCAACCCGAAUGCGAUCAUUUUGUGCAUUCAGGACGGUUCGGUCGAUGCGGAACGAAGCAACGUGACCGACCUGGUGUCGCAAUGCGAUCCGCUCGGCAAGCGUACGAUCUUCGUGCUGACCAAGGUGGACCUGGCGGAAGAUUUGGCCGACCCGAACCGCAUCCGGAAGAUACUGUCCGGCAAGCUGUUCCCCAUGAAGGCGCUCGGCUACUUUGCCGUGGUGACGGGGCGCGGCCGCAAGGACGACAGCAUCGAAACGAUACGCGAAUAUGAGGAAAAGUUUUUCAAAAACUCCAAACUAUUCCAAAGUGGCGUCACAAUGUCGCAUCAGGUGACGACGAGAAACCUCAGCCUAGCCGUGGCCGACCGGUUCUGGAAGAUGGUGCGUGAAACGAUCGAGCAACAGGCGGAUGCGUUCAAGGCGACACGCUUUAACCUGGAAACGGAGUGGAAAAACAAUUUCCCACGACUGCGCGAGUCCGGUCGGGAUGAGCUGUUCGAAAAGGCGAAGGGAGAAGUGCUGGAUGAGGUGGUCAAUCUGUCGCAAGUUUCCGCCAAAAAGUGGGAAGAGCUGAUGAACAGCAAGCUGUGGGAGAAGCUUUCAAGCUACGUGUUUGAAAACAUCUACCUACCGGCCGCCCAAUCCGGAUCACAGAAUUCGUUUAACACGAUGGUCGAUAUUAAGCUGCGCCAGUGGGCCGAACAGGCACUGCCGGCCAAAUCGGUCGAGGCGGGCUGGGAGGCGCUGCAGAAGGAGUUCCAGCAUCUGAUGGAGGUGGCGCGCCGUACGCCCGAUCACGACGACCUGUACGACAACCUGAAGAGUGCCGUCAUCGACGAAGCCAUUCGAAGGCACUCGUGGGAGGACAAGGCGAUCGAUAUGCUGCGCGUGAUACAGCUGAACACGCUCGAGGACCGGAGCGUGCACGACAAGCAGGAGUGGGACCAGGCGGUACGCUUUUUCGAAGCCUCGGUCAAGGAUAAGCUGCAGGCGACCGAGACAACGAUCGGCGAAAUGUUUGGUCCCUCGACCAGCCAGAAGUGGCUGCACUGGCGCUCGUCGACCGAGGAGCAGAACAAACGGCGGCAGGUCAAGUCCGAGCUGGACAAAAUACUCGACAGCGACUCGAAACAUUCGCCCACGCUCAGCUACGACGAGCUGACGACGGUGCGGAAAAACCUCCAGCGGGGCAACGUGGAGGUGGAGACGGACUACAUCCGGGAGACGUGGUAUCCCAUCUACAGGCGGCAUUUCCUCAAGCAAGCGCUAAACCGUGCGUACGAUUGCCGGAAGGCGUACUACCUGUACUCGCAGCAGGGCAGCGACUGUGAGGUGAACUGCAGCGACGUGGUACUGUUCUGGCGCAUCCAGCAGGUCAUCAAGGUGACGGCGAAUGCGCUGCGCCAGCAGGUUAUCAACCGGGAGGCGCGACGCUUAGAUAAGGAAAUAAAGGAAGUGCUGGACGAGUACGGCGAGGAUGAUGAGAAGAAGCUGCAGCUGCUUACUGGGAAGCGCGUGCAGCUGGCAGAGGAACUGAUUCGUGUGCGACAGAUUCAGGAAAAGCUGGAAGAGUUUAUCAACGCGCUUAAUCUGGAAAAGUAAUCACCCCUUUAGUCACCGCUGCUACCAUCAUCUUCUCCUCCAAUAUCGGCUGUUAUUGUUUCGUUCCGGUCGAUUCGGUUCUACGAACGCGCGCGCGCUGCACAAGGAGCCAGCAACGACAGUCACACGUCCGGAUACGGACAAUGUUAUUUAUUUGCGCUUGCAAAGCAAAGUCAUUCAAUUCUACACAUCGCCAGUGUGCGCCAGUGGUGCCCUACGUGAAACUAAUCCCAAUCCAGGUCGGAGGGAGAAAACGUAUUCGCGUGUGCCAGCAGCAUUCUGAGUAUGCCGCCGCCGCCGCGCUACCUCUAUUGUAAGCUGUGUAUAUUUGGAAAGAUACAUACAGUAAGCCGUUUUUUUCUUUUCCUUUUAAACUUCUGCAUGUGCAACUACUAAUCACAGUAAGAGAAGAGUUUAA